AUGGAGACGCCUCUUCAGCGGGAAUCGCCGCGUCGGGGGCCAGAGACCCCUCCGCAGUCCCCGGGGCCGCCCCCUCCGCCGCCGCCGCCCCCGCCGCCGCCGCCGCCACCCACCAGCCUGGGACUGCCGGCGGGCAAACAACAGCGGGAGGAGAAAAGAGCGGCGCUGAGUAAAGUGGUUAUACGUCGCCUACCUCCUAGCUUUACCAAGGAACAGCUGGAGGAACAACUCCAUCCACUUCCUGCUCAUGAUUAUUUUGAAUUUUGUACCUCUGAUCCCAGUCUUUAUCCUCAUGUCUACUCAAGAGCAUAUAUUAAUUUUAGAAAUCCUGAUGACAUCCUCCUUUUUAGAGAUCGCUUUGAUGGCUAUGUCUUCAUUGACAAUAAAGGUUUAGAAUACCCUGCUGUUGUUGAAUUUGCACCGUUCCAAAAGAUUUCUAAAAAGAAGCUGAAGAAGAAAGAUGCAAAAGCUGGAAGCAUAGAAGAUGAUCCAGAAUACAGAAAAUUUUUAGAAACUUACUGUGCUGAGGAAGAAAAAAUAUGUGCCAACCCUGAAAUCCUGCUAGGAGAAAUUGAGGCAAAAACAAGGGAACUCAUUGCUAGAAGGACAACACCACUUUUGGAAUAUAUUAAAAACAGGAAAUUAGAAAAACAGAGGAUCCGAGAAGAGAAAAGGGAAGAGCGAAGGAGGAGAGAAUCAGAAAAGAAACGUCUUAGAGAAGAUGAGAAGCGGAAGCGUAGAGAAGAGGAAAGACGUAAAAGAAAAGAUGCUGAAAAGCAAAAGAAAAUUUCUGAAAAAGAAAUACGAAUCAAGCUUCUUAAAAAGCCUGAGAAAGGAGAUGAGCAAGCCACAGAAAAGCACAGAGAAAAAGAAAAAGCUGAAACAGAAGAGAACAAAUGGGAGAAGUCACCAGGGCAUGGGAGUAUAAAAUCUAAGCCACUGGAAGGUUCAUUAAAGGAAAAAUCACAAAAUGAUAGUGAUAAAGAGCAAAGAGAUUCAGAGAGAAGAUUUCGUGAAAAAGAGCCUGAGAGGCAAAGGUAUCGGUUGGAAGAUGGUCGAAAGCACAGAACUCACUAUGAAUAUGACAAGUUUGUGAGAAGGAAUGAAGAUGAGGUGAAGUGGGGGAAAGGAUACAACCAAGAUCGAGGGAAGAAAGUGAACUACAACUACAGCUUCACUGUGGACACAGUAGACAAACUGGGUAAAGAGGACAAGUGUGAUGACAUGGCAUCCAAAAAGGAGCGCAUAAGAAAUAAGGAUCGACCAGCCAUGCAGCUAUACCAGCCAGGAGUUCGCAUUCGAACACAUACGGGGUCUACAAGUAGGUCCUGUGACUCUGCUGAAAAGUCUUCUGAAGAGGUUUAUGGCAGAAAAUAUGAGGCAGACAAUUCAACUGGAGGUGGUUCUGAGAAGAGUGAAGAUGCAGAAUAAAAUAGCAUGGACAUAACCUUAAACAUUAAGAUUUAGUGUCACCAGAAGAGUCUAUGUUUUCAGAACCAGCAUUACCAAGAAAACUAUAAUGGCCUUUUCCCCUUUAGUUUUCUGGUAGUAAUUUGAGCAACAGGCAACAUUUGAUAUAUUGAAUGAGGAAAAAAAGGAAAUGAAAUGAUUUACCAUUCUUAGGGGUAAAUUCAGGGUGCAUUUAUUCUGUUUUCUGCUGUGGAUAUGCUCUGGGCACAUGAGGACAAAUUUCAGUCCCACCAUGCAUAUAGUGCAUGUUUGAUUGUAAGUUAUAAGUGGAAUAGCAUAUAACUGUUCUUCACUAAGAUGGAUUUCAGGGGCAUUAUUCACUGACAUGUACUCAAUCUAAUACACACAUCUGUGCAUAAAGGGGCAGAAUACCUUUCAUAUGCAUAGGAUGUACCUUGCCUUGAGACAUGGAUAGGGCAUGCAUAUUAACAAUUAUGCUAUAUUUCAGAAUGUAGAGUGUGGAAACCUCUAG